CUUAUAAUUAAUGUCUAAAAUAUAUGAAAGAGAAAAUUAGUUAAUAAUUAGAUUUCCUCCUGAAAUAGCAGAGAAAAUACGGGAGUCUUUUGCAAAUAAUUAAUAAUUACCAAUGACAAUUGAACCAAAAAUAGGUAAAGGUUUGGAAUUCGAAGUAUCAAUAAAGAGUUUGAAAUAUUAAGAUAAAGGUGUAUUAGUUGAUUUGCCAACAAUAACAGAGAGUUAUAAAUCAAAGGAUUUCAUAAAUUUAUAUAAAUCGAAUGAUAUAAGUUAAAUGAUUUGGGUUGGAAAGACAAGUAACACAAGAUAAUGUGGAGACAAAGUAGUUUGUGACAGUGGAUUAACUCCACCAACUUAUGAUAUCAGAAAAGAUUUUCAUCGUAAAUAGCCAUAGAUAGAUAUUGGUGAAAUAUAAAGAGUGGAAAAAGAAUUACAUAUUAUUUAAUCAGAGUUUAUGAAAUAAUAAGAGGAAGAAGAAAAUGGAUCAGAUGAUGGAAAGAAAGGAAAGAAAAGAUACAAUAAGUUUUGAUCUAUU